GUUGCACUUCGGGGGGCUGGGCCAGCUCUCAGACGGGGUCCUGGGCCUCGAUGACUUCUUGAGGACCCGCGAGCGCCGCCUGUGGCCAGGCUACGACUACGUGGGGUGGCCGCGGCCACCUGGGCCCCACCCCAAUGUGGAGCUGGAGUUUGAGUUCCAGGAGCUCCGCACCUUCCACGCCAUGCAGGUCCACUGCAACAACCUCCACACGCGUGGCGUCGGAAUCUUCCGGGCGGUCGAGUGUCGCUUCAAGAAGAUCUUGGCCACGGCCUGGGAGCCCACGGUGGUCACCCACAGCCUGGCCGGGGCCACCAAGGACCCCAGCGCCCGCUUGGUCACUGUCCCCUUGGGUGGACGCCACGCCCGUUUCAUCCAGUGCCGCUUCUUCUUUGGCGCCGAGUGGAUGCUCUUCAGUGAGGUCUCCUUCCUCUCAGAGGUGCUGGAUGACCCCGUGGGUGCCAGCGGGUGGCCCCCGACCCCUGACCCCUCCUCCGCCAUCUUGGAAAACGCCCGUGACAGGGACGGGGCCACCAACGUCACUGCUGCAGCCCCUGGGGAGGCCGAACUGGUCCCGCCGGCGGCCCAGGGUGAGGCGGGGCAGUCGCCGGCGCUGCUGGGCUGCCUGGGCGCCAUCAUCCUCCUCCUGCUCGCCAUCAUCAUCCUCAUCCUGCGGCGCCGCCGCGGUGCGGCCGGGUCGCUGGGCAAGGGACCUCAGUAG